UUCGCCUCCCCUGGUUCUCACCUCUCUCUCUCCUCCCUCUCUCUCUCUCUACCUCUGCUGCGGAGCUCACCGUAGGUUACUCGCCGCGUAGCAAUGGAGGCGGGCGUGGGCCUGGCGCUGCAGUCGAGGGCAGCGGGCUUCGGCUCCGACCGCCGCCGGAGCGCGCUCUACGGCGGGGAGGGGUGGCCGCGGAUCGGGAGCUUGAGGGUCGCUGAACCGGCGGCGGCGGCGAAGGCCGCCCUGCGGGCUCGCGGGUCGAAGCCCGUCGCCCCGCUCCGGGCCAAGAAAUCGUCCGGAGGUCAUGAAACAUUGUAUAACUCGGUUGAUGAAGCCCUCUUGCUAAAGAGAAAAUCAGAAGAAGUUCUCUUCUAUUUGAACGGGCGGUGUAUUUACCUAGUUGGAAUGAUGGGUUCUGGAAAAAGUACUGUAGGAAAGAUCAUGUCUGAAGUUUUGGGUUAUUCAUUCUUUGACAGUGAUAAAUUGGUUGAACAAGCUGUGGGCAUGCCUUCAGUCGCUCAAAUUUUCAAAGUUCAUAGUGAAGCCUUCUUUAGGGAUAAUGAGAGUAGUGUCUUGGGGGAUUUGUCCUCAAUGCGGCGAUUAGUUGUUGCUACUGGAGGCGGUGCUGUUAUCCGACCAGUUAACUGGAAAUACAUGAAGAAGGGCCUGUCUGUUUGGUUGGAUGUGCCCUUGGACGCUCUUGCUAGGCGUAUUGCUAAAGUGGGGACCGCCUCACGUCCUCUUCUAGAUCAACCAUCUGGUGACCCAUACACAAUGGCUUUUUCUAAACUCAGCAUGCUCGCGGAGCAAAGAGGUGAUGCUUAUGCAAAUGCUGAUGUGCGGGUUUCUCUUGAAGAGAUUGCAUCUAAACAGGGUCAUGAUGAUGUCUCGAAGCUAACACCAACUGAUAUUGCUAUUGAGUCGUUCCAUAAGAUCGAGAACUUUGUCAUUGAACAUACCGUUAACGAUCCAGUUGGUGACUCCCAAGCUGGCUCGCACGCUGAGAGGAUACAGACCUUGUAGAAUUUUGUUCUUUUUGUACCUUGUAGCGCUGUUGAGUUAUUUGUUCGUUGUACCGAGAGGUUGAAAAGAACGGGACCGAAGUGUCUUUCUGCUUGUAAACUGUAAAGAAAAGGAAUAAAGGAGCUAAUCAGAAAAUCUGUGUUUGGUUGAAACA